AUGACUCAUUCUACCAAGCGCACACCCCGCACCCAAGUCAGCAACCACCUCGAGCUCGUCGCCUCUCUCUCUUUUCUCCUUCCUUCUCCUCGUCGACGCGCUCUGCACUUCUCGCACCACUUAAUCUUGCCGACAUCGCCCCCCUUUUCAGGAGGAUACGAAACGGUGGCCUUUGUGGUGUGGUAGAGUCUGUCGUUCGAUCCCUCCCACCGUCAAAAGUGUGAGUAACCACCUAGCUGUGAUCGUGUUCGUGUGGCGUAGGGUCGGACUGACUCUCGUGUUUACCCGUCUCGCGUCCGUCUUUCACCACCCCACCUCCAUCAUCUUACCCCACCCCACUCCUCCCCUCUCCCCUCUCCCCUCUCACCGUGAUCUCUCGCUUCCCACCUUGCCACUCGGACCUUACCGUCUGUCACUGCGUCACGGCUUGCCAUCAGCCUAUCCACUCGUCGACGAGUGUUGAAUGGCGCCUACGGCAUGUCACCGAGGUUGUUCCUGGUCCACAAGACCGCUUGCAUUUGAUCGUACCCCGUGAGUCUUUGCUUUGACCCUUGAUGAUCGAUCGAUGGAUCGAUCGUGCUCGCCGGCCCUUGACGACGGGCGAGGCGGGACUGACGAUUCGAUCCUCGCCUACACUCUCCAGACAAGCAGCCUCCACUGCGUUCCCGAAUCGACCGAUCUCCCCUGCUCGGAUCGAAGGAGGUUCACGGUACCCCUAACAUCAGUGAGUAGCAGGUACCCUAAUCCUGUGGCACCAGGUAGCUUACUUCUAGUGUACGCAUCAACCUCCAGCUGCACACGGUCUUCAAGCCAUCUCCACCUCGGUCGACAAGGUCCUCUUCUGUUUCUGUUGCUUCUGAAUUGGUUUCACUUCGGAACUCUAUGUUGGCGGUGCCAAGUGGCAGGCGACUUGUCCUUGUUUAGCCUAGCCAGAUCCAACUCCUACAUUGAGCCUCCCUCGUGAACCCUUUUCGUUUUUUAGUAGUUUUUGAGUGCACGUAUCGAGAUGCGCAUGCACCACGGAUUUGAAAUUCGAAUCGACCACCACCACCAUAGCCGGCCGACACUCCACAACGGUCAACACCCGCACCAACAGCAACAACAGCAACAACAGCAGAAUCAGCAGCAACAACAGCAACAACACCCGUAACCUUACCACGACGAACCCCCACCCCACCCCCUCCUCCCUCCUCCUCCUCCUCGGACCCCAUCACCCAAGCCCAUUCGAGCCUCACCGCCGUCCAAACCCAACUCGACCAUCUCUCCACGCACUUUGACCUCAACCCUUCCACCUUGCACUUCUCCCCUCCCUCCAGCUCCAACACCGACCCAAAACUCCCCUUUGUCCCCCAAAACGCCUCUUACCAUUCCUACAUCGAGGACCUGACCAAACUCUUGCUCAAACUCGACGGCAUCGACUCGAAUGGGGAUCAAGGCGUCAGGCAAAGGAGGAAAGGCUUGGUCGCCGCGAUCGAGAGAGAGUCGGAAAAGGUUGAAGCGAUCAAGAAGGGGGAAUGGCAGAGGAGGCAACAGGUCGAGCAAGAACUGAGCGAAAGAAGGGGCAAGGUCGAUGAGAUGAUGAGGGGAUUCAGAGGCGGUGAGCCGGCCACGACUAGUCGGUGA